AUGCCUCGGCCUCCCCUGCACGACCCACACGACGACGCCGGGCCCACAGCCGACGCCGGGCCCACAGCCGACGCCGGGCCCACAGCCGACGUCAUCCUCGCCCGGACCCAGCCCAACGAAAAGAAAAAAAAGAUCGCAUACUCCCGAGAUAGCUUAUCUCUUAUCUCGAGCGGAAGAACUCCUCUCGGUCGUGGGACAGUCGCUGGGAGCUCCCCGCUCCCGUCGUCCCUGCUCCUUCAAGCUUCAUCCGAUGGGGGGAUUAAUCUCGAGUGUUUACACCGGGAGGUGCGUGAAGCCGAGAAGCGAACGCGUGUCGACGCACUCCGGAACGGGAACCCCCGACAUCAAGGCGAUGGAAAUGCUCGUCUGUGGGCACGCACGCACGCACGCACGCACGCCGUGCCCGUUCCCCAUCCUCACCGAUCAUUCUUCCUUGUCUUCGCAGCGGGACGCGAGAACGGAGGGAGAGGACUCGAUGAGGCCGACAUCUUCCAGCUGGUCACUCAACUGCUGGAAGAAUCAGGCGACACGGAAGCCCAGCGCCUCCUGGAGGAGAAGCUGGAGGCGAACGAGCGCCGCCGCGACCAGGCAAGGGCGUUGAGGUGCGCGGCGGACGCGUUGGACCGGGCCGCCGCGAUCGCCUCGGGGGAAGCGCUUGGAGUCGUCGAUCCCCUCGAGUUGGAGCUUCACGUUCGGCAGUUGGAAGAAAUUCAGAAGCUACUGGCACGCAACGUGGACACCCUGAGGUGUGAGGACGGAACAGAGGCGUUUUUGGCGAAUAGCCUAGAGGAAGAACUUCGGUUCGUCGACGACUACCGGGAGAGACUGAGGAAGACCCUGCGCCUCUGGAAGGAUGCCGAGGACUCCCUCGAGGAACUUCGCGUCUGGAUGCUCCAAACGAAGUUGAACGAGGGAGAGCCGCUGAUCGAGAAGUGCAAGGAGAGGCUCGAGCGGGCGCGAGAAUGGACGAGCCAGGAAUCUUCGGCCAACCUCUUUGCCGAGUUCACCUUUUACGGGAACAUCUAUAAGAACCUGGCGGGCGCGGUGGAAACCUGGCUCGAGCAUCUUAACCGAGUCCGUGAAGGACUCUCGGCCUUCAACGCCAUGUGCCAGGAGAUGCACGCCUCCAUCGCUGAGUGCGAGAGGGUCCUCGACCCGGGACCUUUGUUGGACCGCACAGUCUUCCGGGAAUGGAAGACUAGGCUGGAACAAUGGCCGGUGAAAGAGGCAAAGGAGGAGAUGGACGGGAUCGUGAAGCGGGUCAGCUUCCGCGACGGACGGUCCCUCCGGGAGCGACUUUCGGGGCUCCUGGCCCAUAGAAACAGACUCCUAGCUCGGCUGCAUGCGCCGGCGCCUCCUCUACCCCGGUCGACAUCGUCGGAGACGAACAAAGAAAUCCCCGUGGAUCAAAGGUCCCCUUCCCCGAGACGGAUUCGGAUCCUCGUCUGCGUCUCGUUGUCCAUUUUGCUGCUUUUGGCCCUGGGGCUCAGCGUCGUGGAGUUUGGGGGACCGGGAUGCGAAGACGCGGACCAUCUAAGGUGUCUCCAAUCCAACACUCUGGCAGCCAGUUUCCAGCCCAUGCUGGUCUACGUCCGCGGAUCUCCUCCCGUCUAGUCAGGCCUCUAGUCAGUAGGGA